CUCAAGUGCCUGGAACUUUCUGCUUCUUAAAACACAUCUAAAACAGCCUUUCCUGGAACCAUUCUUUUCACCUUUCCUGGUUUCUGGCUCAGAGAGGAAUGAGAUUUUUAGCCAAGUUUGCUGACCAGAUGCACCAGGUUUCCUUUGCUGAGUGUGUUUCUGAUGAUUUGAGCUUUGAAAAAACCUCAGAUUCAGGUGCUUUGUGGGGACCUUGCAGAAAACUCUGACUUCCUCAGCACUGCUUGGAUUUUCAGAGUGUCCCACCACAGCCAUUUGGAAGGUUGACCAUUCCCAGCUGGCACAAGGAGGUGCAGUCCCCAGGGCUGUGCAGAGCCCCAGCUAAUGAGCUCCAGAUUUGGCUGCUCUGGGAUGUGCCAGGUUUUGCCUGGCAGCUUUUUUUUUUUCUUUUCUUUUUGGCUCCUUCUGAGGGAAAGCAGCUUCUUUCUGUCUUUGUAAUAAAUGGGGACAGCUGCACAUCGAGGCUGUGCCCUCCCAGAUUCUGAAGGUUUACCCAAACUCUGCUGGAGUUUCCUGCAAUUCCUCCUGGAGACUCCCACUCUCACAUCCCUGUGCCUGAUUUGAAGUGACAGUGAGCAGAAGCAUAAGGUAUCUCUCAUUCUGUUUGGACUCCUUGUUUACAGAAGAGUGAUGGAGAUGCUAUUAAGCACAAAAGGCAUCACCAUAUGCCUGUUUUUCUUUGUAUUGAGUUUGGCAGCAGCUAUUGAAAUACCAUUAUCAGUUUCCCAGCUUCCAACAAUCACAGAGCAAUCCCACACCCAGGUUGCCUACCCCUUUGAUGAGGACUUCACCAUUAAAUGUGAAGCCAGAGGAAACCCCCAGCCCACCUUUAACUGGACUAAGGAUGGAAAACCAUUUGAUUUAUCAUCUGACCCCAGGAUAGUCACAUCCAACAACUCUGGAACUUUUGUGAUCCAAAACAGGGGAAUCAUCAACAAUUUCCAAGGGAAAUAUCGCUGCUUUGCAUCCAACGUGCUGGGAACUGCCAUGUCAGAAGAAAUUGAGCUGAUUGUUCCAAGUGUACCAAAAUUCCCCAAAGAGAAAAUUGAGCCUCUGGAUGUGGAGCACGGAGAUUCUGUGAUCCUGCACUGCAACCCCCCAAAAGGCAUCCCCCCUCUGCAUAUCUACUGGAUGAAUAUUGAUUUGCAGCACAUCCCACAGGACGAAAGGGUCUCCAUGAGCCUGAAGGGAGACCUCUACUUUGCCAACGUGGAGGAGAGUGACAGCAGGAGUGACUACUGCUGCUUUGCAGCCUUCCCCAGGCUCAGGACCAUCGUGCAGAAGAUGCCCAUGACGCUCAAGGUUUCCCGCUUAAAGCAUGCUAAUGACUCAGGCUCACCUAACGCUGCUGUUACUAAGGCAAAUUUUAUCAAGGAAAGGAAGCCCAAGCUGCUGAUCCCUCCUGAAUCUGCUGGCAGUAGCUCAUCAGUCACUGUCAUCAAGGGAGGUGUCCUGCUCCUCGAGUGUAUUGCUGAAGGGCUCCCAACUCCUCACCUCAGCUGGGUGAAGGUGACAGGAAACAUGCCCAAGGAUGAGCCAGAGACAGAGAACUUUGGGAAGACCCUGAAGAUUGAGCAAGUGACAGCAGCUGAUGAGGGGACGUACCAGUGCACGGCCAGCAACCCCAUGGGCAGGGCCAGGCACGAGUUCCACGUGCAUGUGGAAGAGCCUCCCCAGUGGCUGAAGAAGCCCGAGGGUGGGGUUUACAGCGUGGGGACAAACCUGGUGCUGCUGUGCGAGGCCAUCGGGAACCCCGAGCCCAGCAUCCAGUGGAAGCUCAAUGGGAUGCCCAUCGAUGGCAGGACCUUCCGAGGGAGAAUCUCCACCCGGGAGAUCAGCCUGACCAACCUGCAGCUGCAGGACAGCGCCGUGUUCCAAUGCGAGGCCACCAACAAGCACGGCACCAUCCUGGCCAGCGCCAACGUCAACGUCCUCAAUAUUGCCCCCCUGAUCCUGACCCCAGAUGGGGAAAACUACGCCACGGUCGUGGGUUACAGCGCCUUCCUGCACUGUGACAUCUUUGCCUCACCUGCAGCAGAUGUCAGAUGGACCAAGGAUGACAGCAUAGAGCCCCUUUCAACGUUUCGCUACGAGUUAAACAAGAAUGGCACCCUGGAGAUCAGGGACACCAGGAAGGAGGACUCGGGGUCCUAUGCCUGCUGGGCUGCAAAUUCUGUGGGGAAAAGAGCAAUCACUGCUAAUCUGGACAUAAGAGAUGCUACAAAAGUUGUUGUUACUCCGAAGAACCCCCGAGUGCUGAAAUCACAUUCCAUUUUAUUGAAAUGCCAGGCUGAGUAUGAUCCCCACUUGAAACACAGUUUUAAAUUAUCCUGGAGGAAGGAUGGAGAUGAGCUGCCAGUCAACAGCACGGAAGGUGGCAGGAUAAUUCUGGACAGGGAUACCCUGUUCAUAUCCAGUGUUCUCCUGGAGGAUCAGGGAGUUUACAGGUGUGUGGCCAGAACUGCCCUGGACACUGCUGAGGCUGAGGCACAGCUGAUCGUUCUGGAUGUUCCUGACCCACCAGAAGACCUCCAGCUCUCGGAAAACCAAAACCGGAGCGUUCGACUCUCCUGGAAAGCUGGGGCCAGCCAUAACAGCCCUGUUAAUGAGUCAAUUAUAGAGUUUGAAGAGAACCACUGGGAGCCGGAGAUGUGGCAGGAGCUCACCAGAGUGCCAGGGAAUGACACCACAGCCCUGCUGUCCCUGUCGCCGUACGUGAAUUACCAGUUCCGCGUGGUGUCCGUCAACGCCGUGGGCAGGAGCCAGCCCAGCAAACCAUCCCUGCGCUAUGCGACCCCUCCAGCUGCUCCAGAUAAAAACCCAGAGAACAUCCGAGUGGAAGCCUCUGAACCCAAUGAAAUGGUGAUGAAAUGGGAGCCACUGAAGCCCAUGGAGAGGAACGGGCCGGGGCUGGAGUACAAGGUCAGCUGGAGGCAGCGGGGUGUGGAGACGGACUGGAACGAGGAGCUGGUGAAGAAGCACUCCCUGAGCGUGCGGAACGUGCCCACCUUCGUGCCCUACGAGAUCAAAGUCCAGGCUGUCAAUAAUUUAGGAUCUGGCCCAGAGCCAAACAUCACCAUUGGAUAUUCAGGAGAGGACGUUCCAGAUGCUGCUCCUUUGGGCGUGUCGGUGGAGGUCGUGAACAGCACCCUGGUCAAAGUCUUCUGGUUUGGGAUACCAAGGGACAGAGUUCGUGGGCACCUAAGAGGCUACAAGGUCAGCUGGUGGAAAACAAGAAGUGUGCUGGAUGGAAAGAGGCAUCACCCAGAGAAACACUUCCUGACGUUUGUAGGGGACAGGAACUAUGGGAUGAUUCCUGGCCUGGAGCCCUUCAGUGAAUUCCGCUUGACAGUUUCGGCUUUCACCUCCAGAGGAGAUGGCCCUGAGAGUUCCCCUGUGGUUUUUGAAACUCCAGAAGGAGUCCCUGAACAACCACGUUUUCUCAGGAUCCUGAACUUUGACAAGGACUCAGUCACUCUGUCCUGGGGGCUUCCCAAGAAAGCCAACGGCCACCUCACCGGCUACAUUCUGCAGUACCAGAUAAUCAACGAGACGCACGAGGUGGGCGCCGUGAGCAACGUGAGCGUGGCCAACCGCUCUGCGCUGAGCUGGCACCUGGCAGGGCUCAGCCCCAGCACCAAGUACAAGUUCUACAUCAAAGCCUGCACGGCCAAGGGCUGCGGGAAGGCGGCCACCGAGGAGGGGCUGACGCUGGCCCAAGGCACCUACGCUGGCAUUUACGAGGGGAUUUCCACCCAGGGCUGGUUCAUCGGGCUGAUGUGUGCCAUCGCCUUGCUCACCCUGCUGCUGCUGACAAUUUGCUUUGUCAGAAGAAAUAAAGGAGGCAAAUAUUCAGUGAAAGAAAAAGAAGAUUUGCAUCCAGAUCCCGAAGCUCAAUCAAUAAAAGAUGAAAUCUUUGGGGAAUAUAGUGACAGCGAUGAAAAGCCGCUGAAAGGCAGCCUCCAGUCACUUAACGGGGACAUUAAAGCCACUGGAAGUGCUGAUAGUCUGGUAGAUUAUGGAGAAGGGGAGCAUGGCAUGUUCAAUGAAGAUGGUUCAUUUAUUGGAGCUUAUUCUGGAUCUAAGGAAAAAGGAUCAGUGGAAAGCACUGGGAGCUCUACGGCGACUUUUCCUCUCCACGCCUAAAAUUGGUGUUUCAUUGUGGUGUUUGUCCUGGUUAGCUCCCCACAGGUGUGCUGGGGAGCAGGGUGCCACCUGAGCCAGUCAGGAAAAUCCUGACAUCCAGGUAAAACAAAAACCAGUCACUGCCACUAAAAGAUGAUUUUUCCAUCCUAAUUUCUAUGUGUUUUCUUCUGAAUAAAACAGAGUAAUUCUUUUUUCUACACGAUGUGUUAGUCUGAGCAAACCAGAGUUUGCUCUGGUGGUACAUCUGUGUCCCUGCCUGCUGCUCCAGGUGUUUCUUAGGCUUGGAAUAUGUUUCUCUGGGUGGUAUUUUUUGCCCUGUAUGCCUGUUGUCACAGGUGUGUGUGUAAAAUUCCCUCAUGGCCUUGGUUAUACCCUUGAGGCUGUGGCACCAACAAAACCAGAUUACUCUGCAAACUGACACAACGAGGAAAAUUAGAAUUUAAAAUACCAGAGAAAUAUAUUCUAUAUAUUGUAUAAUUUUUUCCUAAAGAAUUAAACCCCUUUGUGUAUGAUAUUCAAAACCAAACUGUUUUAGUGGUUACAGCUGAUGUCAAUUCUAAUUCUUAGAAAUGCAGCUUUGCCCACAGGAGAGUGUGGGUGAAGCUGCUGCCCAGUAGCUGGCACUAUUUCCUUAAAGAAGUUAAGCUGCAGCUCUUCCCUGUGGCAAGGCAAAACAGGGUUCCCAUCCAUCAUCACUCGAAAUAUUUUUAAUUUUUCCCAGCUGCAAGCUGCAUUUCUAAGCAAACUCCUUGGUGUCUGUCUCAUAUCUGUAUAUUUGUGAGCUAGCCAACAUUUCAUGGAGACGUUGUACAUAUGAUAUUAAUAUUGACACAAGUCCAGAGCAGCCUGGUUUUAUUUUGAACUGAGACAUGUUGCUAGCAUGGGUCUGUAUAGCUGUGUAGGAAUGAGUAGAUUUGCUUCUCAGUAUGGAUUUGGACCAGCAAAAUUAGUUUUCAGAAGGAGUUGUGUGUAUAGGAACCAUCCAAACCUCUCACCAUUCAAGCAGCACCUAAACUAGACCUACCUGAAUUUCAAGAGUUCAUUUCUUUGCAGCCUAUUCGCUGUUAAAUAAACAAGAAAAAAACAAAAGCAAAGAGAAAAUAUUAUUAUGGUAGAGUUUGUUUUCCUCUUUUGUUGACUGAAUGCUGGUUUAAAUCUGGUUCUUUGCCUCUUCAACACUAACUCAGCCGAGCUGUACAGCACAUUUUUUUGGUCUUUUUGUAUUGGAAUCUCCUGAAUCUCUUUUUAACAACAUUUGUAUUUUUCAAUCUGCUUGUUUGAGUAGAGCAUCAACGUGGCUUCAUUUCUUCUGUCACUCCCAUGAUAAAGGUUUUUCAGUAGCUCCUGCAGGAGGAAUAGAUCCUAAAAGCUGUUUGGCAUCCUGAUAGCAAUUAGGCAAAUAUCCCCAAAUGGCUCCUCCAUGAUUGCAGUGGAAGAAAGAGAGGAAGCAAGAAUUACUCCCGUGGUUCUGGGUUUCCAGCAAGGGCUACAAUUAAGCCCAGGGAAAUGCAGAUUUUUCCCAGUGGAAGGGCUGUGGAUCCCACACAGCUCCCCCCAGGCUGGGGCUGCUCCUCAGAGCUUGGAGGUUUCUGGAAGCCUUUGGUGCUGAAGCUUCUGCUUAUCUGUGCCUCUUUUUGGGGUUUUAAUUGGAGCUUUUAAGGGCUUUUUGUGUAACCUCUAUUUGGAAAAAGCAAACACCAAACAGCCAGCCCAAAGUCCCAUUCAGGCUGUGCCUAUAAAUGUAAAAUGGUGAAUGGAAAUCUGCCCUCAAUCAGAAAUUAUCUCAUAUCAGUGACCCACAUCAUUCACUUUUUAUUAUUUAUAAAAUUCUAUUUUCUGUACUUCACUCAAUCCAAUCACUGAAAAGGUCCAAAAGCCUUUUAAUUUGGGGGGGGGGGGGGGGGGGGGAAUAAAGAAAUUUUCCAAAGAAGGGAGUGCACAAUUAGAGAAAUGUGAAAAUUGGCAUCUCAUCAACAGAGACAUUUCCCAGCAGCAUCUUUAUCUGCUGACUCGUGUCUGCUGCAGCCCAAAGCAGAUAAAAUCUAAGAACUGAUUAGGCUUGUGACAACCUGCUGCUUGCUUUGGGCUGCUUUUCAUGUCUUUCCUUUGGGAAUCAUCUGCCCUGAUCAAACAUCUUUGAAAAUUAGGGAAUAAAGCUGGGGUGGGCUCCCCCAGAUCCUCACUUUGGGCUGGGGGGCUGUUCCUGCACACACCCAUCACAUUUUCCUGUGGGUCACUGGAACCAGACCCCUCAUCCCAGAAAAUGCUUCUGUUAAACAAUGUUAAAUUUCUCUGUUUCAGACCAUAUUAGUGAGUGUCAAAUGCUCCAAUAAUGGAUAUAAAACCUCUCAUGCAGCUCCUGCUCUGUCCCUGCUAAGAGCUGUUUGUGAUGUGCUGGUGGUGCUGCUUUUUCCACUCAGAUUUUAAUUCACAGCCUUAAAUCCUAAUGUUGGUGUUCCACAAUGCCUCAGGAGCUGAAAAUCAAACAGGGAGGAAAAGAUGUGCAAUGGAACCUGGAUUUUUGAACACGGGUUUUGAGGAAUAUGCCCAGUGAAUAUUAAACAAGUGGCUCAAACUCCCAGGAAAUCUCACUCACCUGAGCUGUUUUCUCUUCCCCAGUCAUUGAUUUUCCUUUUUUCCCUGCACUGGGAUUUUUUCUGCUGUAAAGGUACCCUGGAAAGUGCAGGUAUGUGAUGGUUUUUUAGAGAUUUUGUUUUUUCAAAGCAAGCUGAGGUUUUCCUGGGGAGUUUUUUGUCAUUGCAGGGAGCUGGGCUGUGUUUUUGUCUUGGGCUGAGCCAGGUGAGAGGCAGUGUGACCAGGUAGCUCAGAGAAAGUGUCACCAACUGCUCUGCAGUUCCUGGGACUUCCUGACUUGGAAGGGAUCCACAAAUUCAUCAAAGUCCAACUGCUGCCCCUGCACAGAACAGCCCCAAAAAUCACUCCCUAUUGUGAACUAGUGCAUUGAGCAUUAAAUCCUUGCCUUGGUUUGUUUGGGACUUUUUUGCAUUUUUUUUUUUUUUUUCUCUGGCCAGAUGUGUUUAUUAAAAUUAACUGCUGGAUUUCCAUGGGGAUUUCAUCACUUAACACCUAGCAUGGAAUUCCAGCCUGCCUGCUGGGAGGAGGGAGUCCAGCCCUGGGAGCAGAGCAGGGAAUUAUUAAUUAUCCCAUGCCAGGCUGUGCUUGGGUCCAUUUGGUUCUGACACAUUUUGCCUCAGAACAAGUGAGAGGGGAAAUGGCACUUUCAGGUUUGAUACCCAGGUCAAAAACCAGGAUGUAAUUCCACCCUGCAGGGAGGAGGCAUUUCCCUGGCCCCACAGAUCCAGGUCUGGGGAUUUAAGCAGCCUCUGGAAGAAGAGAGGGAUGGGUCUUGCUGAAGAAGUUGUGCAGUUUUUACUGUGCACAAGAUUAAACAAAUAAAAUCAGCUCUUCCUAAAUAACGGGUAAAAAAACCCUCUGUCCUUUAAACAAAUAAAAUCAGCUCUUCCUAAAUAAUGUAAUGGCUAUAAAAACCCUCUAUCCUUUCUCCCAAGGGAGCUGUUUGGAUUCCCAGAGCAGCAUAAUAUUGAUAAUUUGUCUCUAAUUUGCAUAUAUAUAUAUCCAUCUACAUAUAUAUAUAUAUGUAUAUAUACAUAUACACAAACAUCUAUAGACACACACAUAUAUAAAAAUUUAAUGACAUUAUCAAGAACUUGCAGGAACAGCCCCAGCUUCCCUCUCUGGUAAAAUCAGGGGAUCCAAUCUCCAGAAACCCUCAUGGCUCUGCACCCCAGCAGGAUCUGGGCACAGCCCUGGGCAUCAAAGCCCUGCUGGGGCUGGAUCUUAGGAGGAACAUUAGGAAUCAAAUCUUUAGGAAAAUAAUUAGAAAUCAAAUCAGGAAAUUAACUUCCCCCUCUGGAUAAAAUCAUGUGUUCAUAUAAAAAAAAUUUAAAACCUUUGUUGUAACUCACAUCUUAAAGGGAUCUAAUUAGCAAAUGAUUUAAUGAUUUUUUUAAUGACUGCUGUGUUGAUGUUCCACAAAUUCCAGUGAGUAGCUCUUUCCCUGGGAGCUGCUUCCAUUGGCUGAAUGGCUUCAAUCCAGUGCACGAGAGGUUUUCAGCAAAGUUUUCAGGCCAAUGUUAUUUUUGACAUGAAUACAAAUCGUAGCACAAUCUUUCUAUGUAUUAAAAAAAAAAAAAAGUGGGGUUUUUAAACAGUGACUCCACAUUUUGUAAAGAAAAGUUAGAAUAACAUUCACUGCUCCUUGAGCUUUUGAGAGGAAACCUCAUCAUCACUUUUCACAGCCAUUAUUGUGCAGAUAAGGAGUGUAUUUAGGUUGUUUUGCUUACCUGUAAGAACAGAUAGAAAGAAAGGAAAUUCUUCGUGCAGAAUUCCCUUUGUUUGCCAAUGGAUCACACCCUCAGCUGCAUCUCUGUCAGUGUUUAUGACGAAAAAUCAAGGUACAAACCACUCUGGAGUAGCAGGCCAUGUUUACAUUGCAGCUCUGGAUCUCUCAUGUCAAAUCUCAAGUGAUCUGCACUGAUUUGUUCUGUUUUCAGGCAGGAGCCCCUCGGGGGGUUUGAGCCAAAGCAUUCUGUCUGUUCAUUUUUUAUUACUAUGGUUCUGACUUUAAACAAGAGACUUUGUAAUUUCAUGAGAAAAAGAUCAAAGCAAAUGUGGUGUCACCAUCACAAUGUUACUUUUUUGGGAGCUAAAUGUUAGUGUGCAUUGAUUAAAGUUUAGAGAAACGUGUUGUACUGUAGUUGCUGUUUGUACCACGCAGAUGUGCACGUAUGGUUUGAAAAGAUAUUUUCAUUUUACAUGAAAUACAACUUUGCUAAUAAAAGUUUGACUUGAUGUAAUCUUCAAAA